CGCUCCUAUUGGAGGAGGGAAAGGAGAGCGGGAGGUUCGCGCCGGGCGGAGCGCUGAGGGAACGGAGCGGGCGUGGAGGGUCUGGAGCGGCUCUGAGGGCCGAAACGGAGCGGAACCGAGAGGAACCGAGCUUCGAUGGAGCGGCUGCGCGAGCUGCGGGCGCUACUGAAAGGCUGGGAGGCGGCGUUCCAGCGGGAGCACGGCCGGAGACCGGGGAAGGCUGACGUGGCGGCAGCUUCAGAGGACACUAAGCGGCUGUACCUGGAGUACCGGGAGCUGAAGCAGCGGACAGACACCAGUGAGCAGCGCCCAGUGGCGGAGCAGGUACUGGCGCUGUGGGAUGACAAAGGGAGGGCCCAUCCCUGUGGCGACCUGUGGCCAACCAGUGGUGGCCCUCCCUCGUGGUGACCUGUGGCCAACCAGUGGUGGCCCUCCCUCGUGGUGAC